GCGGUCUGAGGCAGCAAGUUUAGCUUUCAGAGAACGGCUUCUCUCUGGGAACACGUUUGUUUUAGCUGUGUCUGCUGUCCUCUGUCAUGGACCAGAUUAAAGAUGGGUGGUUUACCGAGUCGUGCGCGUUGUGGCCGGGGCAGGCGAUGAGCCUCCAAGUGGAAGAGGUUCUCUACCAAAAGAAAUCCAAAUUUCAAGAUGUAAUGGUUUUCAAGAGUAAAACGUAUGGAAACGUCUUGGUUCUGGACGGUGUGAUCCAGUGCACUGAAAGGGAUGAGUUCGCCUAUCAGGAAAUGAUUGCCAGCCUUCCUCUGUGCAGUCAUCCUUGUCCCAAGAAGGUUCUGGUUAUUGGCGGUGGAGAUGGUGGUGUGCUGAGGGAAGUCGUGAAGCAUCCACUGGUGGAAUCCGUUGUUCUCUGCGAGAUCGAUGAGGAUGUCAUAAAUGCAUCAAAGAAGUAUCUCCCGGAAAUGGCCAAAGGAUUUUUCAGUCCCAAGCUCACCCUCCAUAUUGGUGAUGGCUUUGAGUUCAUGAAGGAGAACCAGGAUGCUUUUGACAUCAUUAUAACUGAUUCCUCUGACCCAGUGGGACCUGCUGAAAGUCUGUUUAAGGAGUCUUACUAUAAGCUAAUGAAGGCAGCAUUGAGAAGUGGUGGCAUUCUUUGCUCUCAGGGAGAGUGUCAGUGGCUUCAUCUGGAGCUGAUAAAGGAGAUGCAGACCUUCUGUAAAACCCUGUUCCCUGUGGUGGACUACGCUUACACCACCAUCCCUACUUAUCCCAGCGGCCAAAUUGGAUUUAUGCUGUGCAGUAAAAAUCCUGAGACAAACUUCAGGGAACCAGUGAAAGCUCUGUCAAAGGAAGAGAUGGAGAGUAUGAACCUUAAGUAUUACAACCCAGAAAUUCACAAAGCAUCGUUCGUCCUCCCAGAGUUUGCGAGAAAAGUGCUCAGUGAAGCAUGACCAGUUAAAACCGACGUAACCUCUUCUGCCCGGCCCGUCAACACCACAGAUGUAAACGUGCUUCUCGACAAAAGUCUGCAUCCUCCAAAAGAAAUCAGCUGAUGGGAACUUUCUGAGUUAUUAGCUUGUGCCGGUGUUUCCUUCUUUCAGUCUUACGUCUUCUUGGUGUUUUUUCACUUGUACUUUUUGCCUAGUCUGAUCAACAUUCUGGGAGGAGCAGUGGGUAUGAUGGGCCGGGACAAGACCAUUGCCACAAAACGUGACCUCACUUUGAAACAUUGUUCUUUUCUCUGAUUAACUGCAUCUACACCACAUGUAUAAAUAUCCUGUUCAUGUGAAGCUUUGCUGCCUAUUUCUGAUGUUUUAGUUCAUUUUGAGAAUACGCAGUGUCCAUCCUUCAUUACUGGUUAUUCAGGUUACUUCUUGUUCAGUAAAAUCCGAUCCCCUUAGUGCCUGAUCUCAGUACUGUGUUUCAAAUGGAGCUGAAAUAUUCUGGCUCUGUUCUAAUGUACCAAACAGGUCAAGUCCUGCAUGCAUCUCAAGAGCUAAGAAAAUGUCACUAACUUGGAAGAAACAUAAAGCUGAUGUUUAUCAGUGACCAAUUCUAAACAAGCUGUUUUAUUGUUGGAGGGUAAAUCAACUAGAAAUGCAAGAAAGGCUUUUAAAGAUGAAUUCUUUAUGCAACUUUAGCCUGCAGAGUUAGCUUCUGGUAGUACAGCUGCACUAGUAAACAAACACACUGCAGAAUGCUGAUCGUUUCUCCUGGUGGAAAUCUUAAUGCAUAGCUUCAGUUGUUGAGACAAUGUAAAAAAUCAUUUACUGCAUAAUCAUUAAGUCAGUCUCUGUGGAGUUGUGGUGUCAUACCUGAGCAAUGAACUUGUUUUUAUAAGAACUAUGAAUUAUAAUAAAAUUGGUAACAAACUUAA